AGAUUAGCCACCUAUCCAUAAUACAUGCCAAACCCUGUCUCUUCUCACUAACAUCAUUCUUGUAAGCUGCACACUCAUUGGCUGAGAAGUUGCCAGUGGGCAAGGCUACAGUGAUGCAACCCUAAUUCUGAUUGGAUGACACACUGAAGGGGUGUGGCUUUUGAGUUAUCACCUGACUAAACUGGGCUCUGAUUGGGUGGUGUGACGGGAAGGAUGACUUAGAGUGAUCGGAUUGGUUACUUGAUCUAAAAUCAUGAUGAGAUUGAAAGAAUGUUUUAAAAGAACUAACGCAAGGGAGAGGCCAGCAUUUUAUGCCCCAAGAGAGAUCAGUGCAACUAGAAACUGCCGAAAUCUCAACAAAAGCUUGUCUUCUUAUCAACCAGUGAGGAAUACGUCAGAGAAAAACAUUGAUUCUAUCAAGAUUUGUGGCACUUUGACAGCCUACAAGGUUCAAGAUGGCAUACAAGACGUUACUGAUUCUGACCCUCCUACCCUCUCUCCACUUGGCCACGCCCCUUUCAGGGAGCCCAACAUCAAGCAGUGAUACACAAGAAGCAGGUUCAGAUGGGGUGGCGCACACAGUGACGGACGGGAUGAGAGAUCAGGCUGAGAUCCCACUUGCCAGCAUUCAAAGUGCCACAGAAGGGGUGACACACGGGGUGACAAACACAGUGACAGAUGGGAUGACCAACUCACAGCCACCACACGUGACUCCUCGUGCAACAGCUCAAUCAGUCGCUGGGGUAUCAAGUACUGACAACUCAACACAAGGGGUGACAGAAGUAGUGACAAGCAUGGCAGACACCACCGUCGAUGAGGAGACAGAAUCCCGCCAAGAACCUACAUCUCGGAAUGAGUUCACACCAUCGGUAUCUUCUCCUAAUCCUCCAAACAUCAGCGAUGCGACAGAAGUCACGAAGGAGACGGAGUCAGACCUUGAAGACAGGACCACGGAGACAUCAACCUCCAAGGACCUCCCGUCAUCAUCCUUCCAGCAUCUUGAGACAACUGUGACUGGACAGAUGACUGCAUCCCCCGCUGAUCCUCAAGAGACAACCUUGACUCAUCAGACACAAACUGUGACAAUGCACGCAUCGUCUAAUGGACCGAGAGAGCAAACACACGGCCAAGCAAUCCUGGACACCUCUCCUACUCACUCAGUGCCAAUGACUACAUCCCACUCCAGAACCACUUCUCCAUCCGUCUCAUCCACCCAAACCCAAACCCUCACACCAACCAGAACUCCCGCAGAAACCCGCACCCAAACCCGGUCACAAACUCCCACAGAAAUGCCGACGCAAACCCCGAGUCCAAGCCAAACUAGACUCCCAACAUCAAUUCUGACCACUACCCCCACCCUAACAACACAAACGCCCAACCAAACCCCAACCCAAGCACCCACCCAAACCGCAAGAUCAACCCCAAUCCAAUCCCCGACCCAGCCCCAGACUAAAACCCCAGAAAUGCAAACUUCACAAGGCACACCGCCCCCUUCACAAACCCCCUCCCAGACCAGUGCGCAGACACCGUCAGAAACACCCCCACAAACAUCCCCCCUUGCCACAGCGACUCUUGACCCCAGUGCUGUUGACGACACUCAGAGGUCAGAGGGCAACAUCCAGGUCAGAGUUCAAAUCAUUGUAGACGGUUACGAGGUAGGACCAGGCUAUGUAAUUAACGGCAUCAAUGGCAAUGGCAGAAUUGAAGUUCAGGUCUUCGUUAACAAUGUCCCCCAGCAUUAGAAAUA